AUGUCUUUGCCAGGUCUGGGGCUAGAAGAGCCUGAAGAGGCUCACUCCGUCGAGACCGUCCAACAUGAUCUAGCAAAGGAGAGUGAGUGGCGUUUCGAGGUCGCCGUGGGCAAAUAUGUCCAGGUCAAGCUGUUGACCGGGACGGCCGAGCUCUUCGGCACUGAACUGGUCCUCGGAAACACCUACAUUUUCACAGGGACCAAGGCCGCAAUCUACACCUGGCAUGGCUGUUCUUUUGAGGUCGGCGGAGAUGCUCUCCAAAGCGAGUACACGGCCGAGGAGACGCCCAUGAGCGAAUACAUCAACGUUCACUUUGCUCUGGAGACGCGACGCGACCAAGCCAAAUCAAAUGGUCGAGGAGGCCCUCGGGUAUUGAUUCUGGGUCCCGAAGAUGCGGGCAAGAGUUCUCUCGCAAAGAUCCUUACCGGGUACUGUUCUCGGUCGGCACGAUCCCCGGUCGUGGUCAACUUGGAUAUCAAAGAAGGAGUCAUGAGUGUCCCCGGAACCAUGACCGCAACGGUGUUCAAAACGAUGAUGGACAUUGAAGAAGGAUGGGGAACGGCACCCAUGAGUGGUCCCAACGGAGCAAUACCCGUCAAGCUACCUCUGGUUUAUUUCUUCGGUAGCUCUAAACCAGAAGAAAAAGAUGGGAAAGUCUACAAAGCCCAGAUUGGUCGACUGGCCCUAGCAGUGAGAGGACGAAUCGCCCAAGAUUCGGAGGCCAGACAGAGUGGCCUCAUAAUCGACACCCCGGGUAGUCUCACCAGCACCAAAUCCGGUUUUGUGGGCUACGAUAUCAUCCAGGACAUCGUCUCCGAAUUUGCCGUGUCGGCCAUCAUCUGCCUGGGCUCAGAAAGACUGUACAGCGACAUGGUGAAAAAAUUCGAUGGCCAGCCGACAGUUUCUCGUUUUUCCACCACAUCAUCCCCCCCCGAGACCAUCUCAGUGAUUAAGCUGGCGAAAUCCGGCGGCUGCGUCGACCGUGACGAGACGUACAUGAGAGCUCUUCGUGCGGCGCAAAUCAAGACAUAUUUCUACGGUAACCCUCGCCUGAGCAACGGGAUCUCACUACAAACUCGCCAGCAACAAGUCGACUUCUCUACGUUGACUGUCUGGCGACGGAUCGGCAGUACACCGGACCCAUCCUCCUCAGCCUCCGGCGGCACCGGUCUCAACGACGACGAUGAAGAAUCUUUCCUCCCAGGCGGUGCUGAAGACGACAUCCUCCCUGGCACCGGUGGAAGCUCAUCCAAAGUUCCUCUCCCUGCCUCACAAAUCUACGAACGUGUGACCGCCCCCGUCGCGGCGAUGCGCGGCUCUAUCCUUGCCGUGAUGAACUGCGACCCCGAAGCCGAUCAGGAAGCUCUCCGGGACAGUAGCGUCAUGGGAUUUUUGUAUGUGACAGACACAGACGAGAUGAGGGGAAGGAUCAGCCUCCUCAGCCCCGUGGCAGGGCGAAUACCGAGCCGUGCGAUCGUGUGGGCUGGUUGGCCGGAGGCGGUCCUAGGAAUGGACAGAUCCUGA